UCGAGCAAGAUUACACAGUGCGAAGGUCAUCUGGAGGUUGCAGUUCCGAAAAAAGAUAGAGCGCCGGUUGGUUGGAAAUUUCACUUUCAUCGCUGCUGUGUUCGACCGGUUACACAAUUCGCUUUCGCGGUAACAGUUUCAAUCGGAUCAUCGCCAGCCACCAUCAUGGGUCGUAAGUUCUGCGUCGGAGGAAACUGGAAGAUGAACGGCGACAAGGCCAGCAUCACCGAGCUGUGCAAAUUGCUGUCGGCGGGACCGCUGGACCCAAAUACCGAAGUCGUCGUCGGUUGCCCUGCACCGUACUUGUCGCUGGCGCGCUCAUCGCUACCGGAAUCGAUUGGUGUGUCGGCCCAGAACUGCUACAAGGUUUCGAAGGGUGCUUUCACCGGUGAAAUCUCUCCCGCAAUGCUGAAGGAUCUCGGCCUCGGUUGGGUCAUCCUGGGUCACUCGGAGCGCCGUGCCAUCUUCGGUGAAACGGACGAGCUGAUAGCGGAGAAAGUGGCCCACGCCCUUGCGGAAGGACUGAAGGUCAUCGCUUGCAUCGGCGAGACGCUGCAGGAGCGUGAAGCCGGUCAAACCGAAGCAGUGUGCUUCCGGCAGACGAAAGCCAUCGCCGCCCAGGUGAAGGACUGGACCAACGUGGUUAUUGCGUACGAACCGGUGUGGGCCAUCGGAACGGGCAAGACCGCCACCCCAGAGCAGGCACAGGAAGUGCAUGCCGCUCUGCGGAAGUGGUUCACGGAGAACGUUUCGGCGGACGUCUCAAACGGCAUCCGCAUUCAGUACGGUGGCUCGGUUACGGCCGCAAACUGUCGCGAGCUGGCCGCCAAGCCGGACAUUGAUGGAUUCCUAGUUGGCGGUGCUUCGUUGAAGCCCGAGUUUGUGGAGAUUGUCAAUGCCAGAAAGUGAGUCGGAGCAUCGGAUCUGCCCAGUCCCGUUGAGUAGUGACAGGGACACGCACAGUAGAAGCGCACGUCCCCAGCAAAUGUGUUUCGUUUCGUCUUACUUUAAGUACCGCUCGAUGCGCUGAUUGUUACAUUUAAGCAUUAAAACCAAGUCAUUCAUUCAAAUAAAUGUAAAAUCGCCGGCAUGUUGUCU